UUCGUGUGAUUUCUCCGUCAGGGGUGUCGAGUUAUUUUUGUUUGUUUGUUCUCCAUGCCCAAUUUGGAGAACAACUGUUCAAACAUUACCGGAGACCGGUGUUCCGUUUGGUUCUCGCAGCGAAUGAUGGCAUGUCAGUUCUGAGUAGAAAGCCACUUACUACGUACGAUGGAUUUGGUAGAUCAAGAGAAGAUAGAAAAAUUGUUGAAGGAUGUGUCUCCCGAGAAAAAGAAAGAACUUGAAGAAAAGCUUGCUAGAUUGAAGCACCUAUCGGGACACUUGGAUGAACUCAAACAAUCCGCUGCCCUGAGGGCACUGACGGUCCGGCAGUGUUGUUUCGCUGGCGCCGUUCUAAUUGUGGUGUGCAUUUUCGGUAAGGAAACUUAAUAGGCCGCGCCGACAGUCUGUGAACUGUGAUGUAAUAGUAGAAAAUGGGAAACCCAACAAAUGGCAAACUACUUAGCUCUACCACUGCCACCGGGGAAAGGGUUCGAUGUUUGUCCAUGCUGUACGCAGUCUGGCGAGGCAGCGAAGCCUCAGAGUAGCACCACAAGUGUCUACGAGACGUGCCGCGUGGAACGUUAUCUGUGAACGAAGGGCAAUCGCGCUGGCGAAAUACAACGUAACGACGAUGGUCAUAGUGGGCUCUGUAUCGUAACGUGGCUCGCGCGACACGUUAGCACCUCGUUUACACUCACCCCACAUACCUCAUUAUCAUUCCUCCAGUGGCGACUAUGGCCGAGAAUCUGAUCGCAAAGUGCCACGUCACAUCAAGCGAUCCUGCCGGCCGGCCACGGCUCGCUAAUCAUUAACUUUAUCAACCGAUAAGCAAGUGCCCCUCUCUUCUUGCUGUGUAUGUGUCUGCCAUCCCCCGAAACACCAUUAGUCGAUAUCUGGAUCUACAGUGCUACACAGUGCACCUUGCCCACAACCUCGCGGGUUUUCCCCGGAUUACAAUAUACGUCCGGACGGUUGUUCAUUUAGCUUUCCGUAGCCCCAAAAACAGACGCUAAGUCAUGGCAACGGUGAACGACUUCCGGGAGAAUCCAUUCGAAGAGGCCCUUAACUCGGUGGCUCUGGCGGAGCUGCUACAGGAUGACGAGAAACGCUCGUUGGCGCAGCAAUUCCAGGAGAAUCUGCGUUCACUUGCCGACAUGUUUGUCAAUCUGUCCGACGAAGAGAAGCACAAGUUUGCGGCCGAAUUUAAGGGGAAGUUUGUUAAAACGCUCUCCCAUCUAAACGAGUUCUCGAAACAGAGGAAAGUCGUUCAAUCGUUCGAUGGUAGUGGAUCGACCGGUACAUCAGAUCUUACUGGAUUACCGUCUCAGCUCAGCUCGUUACCCUUGGUAGGAUUCUUGUUCUCCGGGGGUAGCUCCUGGUCAAUCGUGGCUGGAUAUUUGGUGCUAUUAUUCGUUUUGCUGCUUUUGACAUUCUUCGGCUACAAGCUCUACCUGUCGCUCACCGAGAAGGAACGAAAGCGCGAGGAAAAACUGAAGGCGAAGCAGGAGAAAUCGAAGAAAAAGAAAUGAUUGCCCGUCGUUGCCGUGGCGACCACUAAUGCCGAUGUCGCCACAAGCACCGGCAGCUCGAUGAUCGACAAUAGCCUUGGUAGAGGAGGAAGAGGAGCAGAUGGGCGAAUAGUAGGCCGUCGGCAACAUCAGCUCCGGUUACCGUCUCAGCACAAACAACAUUCCAGAGGAAAAAGACUUGGCAAAGCCUAGCCGUUAAGGACGACACACAGAGACUAUAGAUAUUUUUAAUCGUUCCUCGCCGUUCAUCGUACCAUACCUCUCCCUUACUCUCACUCUUCUUCCCGUCUUCCUUCCGUUGUUCGCUUGGUGUGCUCCUGAACGAGCGAUCGUUGAAAUCUAUCGUUUGGCGGUCGAACGUUCGCAAAACUCCCUGUUCGAACGAUUUUGAUCAUUUGAUCAGCUGGUCAAAACUCAUCCAAUCGUCAGUUAACCUGUUGUUGAAGCAUUUUAUAGAAAACACAUUUUUGGGAUAUUGUCUUUACUUCGGUUCGCAUUGUUUAAAUCAAUGUUAAUAACGCGUUUCCGAAACGGGUCUGGCUGUUUGGGGAGAAAUUAAGAGAGGGCACACGACGUGGGUACGCAAUCAAAUGGUUAUUUGUUUUCACAUUCAAGUGCAAAAAACGAUGUGUUUUAAAAUGUAUGCGGUUGAACAAAAUGUGCAAACAUUCAUAUUAAAUGGAAUAAAACUGUAAUGUUUGAAAGUAAUUGAAAAGAAAAAAAAACACAAGACGAAUUAAACGAU